AUGACGGACACGCAAACACUCAUCGAAUAUUCUGAAGAGGCGCACAAUAUAGCAAAUCAUCAGUGUAUACCUAGACAGCUGGGGCAACCUUCGUACACAGCGGCGUACUACUCCCAAUACCAGCCAGGGCUGUUCGGCCUCCUGACUAGCCCGGGGAUCCAGCAGCAGAACUUCGAUCCAGCCCCAGAGAUGGACACGAGACACUACCAGUAUCCCUCGUUCUUGACGUCGACUAUAUUUAUGCCACCUCACAUGCCGGAGGCUCUUGGACCUUUAGACCCAACGCACGUCUCCCUGUCACCGAAAACGCCCUCAGUACGCGCCCUGGGUUCUACAUUUGAGGUUCCUGUUGUGGCACUACAACACGGCGAUGCGACUCAACAGGCGUAUGCAGAGUACCCACUGCACGCCGCACCUGUACAGGGUCAGUGUGAAAACGAAGACCUCGAGGCUGCGUCAGCCACACUUACUGCGCCAACUGCGCUAGAGCGUGACUUCGCCCACAACAAUGCUCCGGGUGCCGAAGUUCGCCUGCCACACACAACGUCGUGCGGUCCGGGCCAGCGCGGAAUAAUUCCCCCCUCUCCACCCGUAUCAUUGAAGGCGACAUCGAUCGAGCAUGAUCCCGCAAUUCCACAAGCGCAUACUCUGACAACACAGGGCCAGCCGCUUUGUGAUGCCAUCAAGCAACCCUCGUAUUUGCUUGGAAACGUCGACGGUGUCUGCGCUCCAUCCUUGCAGUCGAGCUCCGUCGACGUAUGCGGAGCAUCUCUCGAACUACUAGCAAUCCCUCGAAGAGUUUCGCCGCCGCCGCCGCCAUCCCCGACGUCUUUUCGUUGUCAUCGGCCAAACUGCAAUAGGUCUUUCGCGAAGAAAAGAAGUUUGAAAUAUCACCUCGAGAUCGGCUGGUGUGCCGGUGCGCCAUCUAGCGAAACCAGGGCUACGCAAGCUGUACUUGCUCAACGGGGGCUGUCGGAUGAGAACGACCUCUCUAAGGACCAGGCGCGGGAAGUUCAAGACGAAGUUCAACGUCGCCUCCGCCCCUUUGCGUGCAACGUAGAUGGGUGCACACAUCGAUACAAGGGCAUGAGCGGCUUGUGUUAUCAUUAUCGCCGCUCGGGACAGCAUGGACUCAAUGGCCUUCGUCUUCUCGCAUCUGGACAGCACGAAUGCCUUCAAAAUCGCACUGGCCGUGCUCUCCAUGCAACUCAGACGGCAGCAACGGCGGAGCUGGCAAUAUUCGAUGAUGAAAGAGAUGUAUCUGCGUCUGUCUCUGGUGCAUUGGAGGAACCGCCCGUUCCCGGGGUGUGA